GCAGUGCGUCCAGGUGUAUCCACAGUCACACACAAAUACACACAACAUAUUGACAAGAGGCAUCAACUCACAUUUGCAAGAAUAACUAAUAGAAAGUAAAGGGAUGAAACUUAAAACAACACAGGAAUGCACCCGUAAAACACCAAGUCCCUGCCUGUUCUGUGUGUCUGCUGUACGUGCAUGGCAGCCCUGAAUGAGCCCAGAGCUCGCAGGCCGGAUCGCCCCCCUCCUUCUCCUCCUCCUCUUCAUCCUCAACAGCAGCGUCUUCCUCUGUACGGCUUCGUCUCACCGGGCAGCAGUUACCGCUACUCUCACAAUCCCUCUGCAUACUUCACCGAUUGGCUGGCUUCCUUUUCUUUGCAAAAACGGCGACUGGAAACAGCAGCAGUGCAGAGAAACAGACUACUGAACGGAGGGGUUGGGACUCCGAAUCUAAUAACCGAAUCGAUGGAAGCGACCAGCAGCCCUCUACUCUGCUCCAGUAUGACAGACUGCUAAAAUAGUGGAUGCCGUCACCGCCUUGGUUUCCCCCAUUUCUCCUUAUUUGGGUUUUUACUUUGCACGGUUUUGUGCGGCGAUGGAUGAAUUUCACCCGUUUAUUGAGGCACUUCUUCCCCAUGUCCGUGCUUUUGCUUAUACCUGGUUUAAUCUACAGGCUCGCAAACGCAAAUACUUCAAAAAGCAUGAAAAGAGGAUGACCAAGGAUGAAGAGAGGGCAGUGAAGGAUGAACUGUUGAAUGAGAAAUCAGAGGUCAAGCAGAAGUGGGCAUCACGUUUGCUUGCAAAGCUACGAAAAGACAUCCGCCCUGAAUUCCGGGAGGACUUUGUGCUGUCUAUUACGGGGAAAAAGCCUUCCUGUUGUGUUCUUUCAAACCCAGACCAGAAAGGCAAAAUGCGACGAAUCGACUGUUUACGACAGGCGGACAAGGUUUGGCGCCUGGACCUUGUUAUGGUGAUCCUGUUUAAGGGUAUCCCUUUGGAGAGCACAGAUGGGGAGCGAUUGGUGAAAUCUUCCCAGUGCACCAACUCCAUACUCUGCGUACAGCCGCAUCAUAUUAGUGUUUCUGUCAAGGAACUUGAUUUAUAUCUUGCAUACUUUAUAAGAGAAAAGGACUCAGAACAGAGCAGCAGUCCGCGAACGGUGAUUGGCUCAGAACAGGAAGACAGUAAGGCAGCUGUUCUCGAUGUUGCGGAAUUUCAGGAAAGUUUCAUGACAUCCGGAGUUUUUAGUGUCACAGAAUUGGUGCAAGUCUCCAGAACACCAGUAGUAACAGGCACAGGGCCGAAUUUCUCUCUGGGUGAGUUACAAGGUCACUUGGCUUAUGAUUUGAAUCCUUCUGGUGGCGGGAUGAGAAGGACGUUACCCAGCACCUCCUCUAGUGGGAGUAAAAGGCACAAGUCAGGCUCCAUGGAUGACGAUAUUGAUACAAGCCCUGGUGGAGAGUAUUAUACAUCCCCGAGUUCCCCCACUACUGGAAGCAGGAGCUGGCAAGAAGAUAUGGAAGGAGGUAUUUCUCCAACAGUGAAGAAGACAGAGAUAGACAAGUCGCCAUUCAAUAGUUCAUCACCGCAGGAUUCCCCAAGGCUUGCCAGUUUUACACAACACCACCAUCCAGUCAUUGCAGUACAUAGAGGUAUUACAAGAAGUCCACAUCCCUCAUCCUCAUUGCAUUUCCCCACAACUUCCAUUCUCCCUCAGGCAGCCUCAACAUACUUCCCUCAUGCAACCAUCCGAUACUCCACGCACCUCAACCCUCAGGAUCCCCUCAAGGACCUUGUCUCUUUGGCUUGUGACCCUUCCACUCAGCAGCCUGGGCCGCUAAACGGCAGUGGUCAAGUCAAAGUCCCAGCGCACUACAUUUCAUCACAGAUGCUGGCGCCACCUCCUCCCCCUGGCAUGCCCCGACUGGCAUUGCCACCUGAAACCAAAUCAGCCACGACAACCACGGAGGGAGGAGCAGCUUCACCAUCCUCACCCACGUACUCAGCACCAGGCACACCCCCUGCCAGUCGUUCCUUUGUAGGAUUAGGACCAAGGGAUCCUGGUAGUAUUUAUCAGGCACAGGACAUAUCUCAUAGAAACAAGAACAAUUAUUUUGGGAGUGGGCACCAGCUGAAAGCUUGGUGUGAAAUGUCUGCCUACACCACUGAGUAUAAUCCUGGUAUCUGGGAUAAUGGUAGUCCCAUUUCAAGUAUUCGAGAAGGAUAUGCAUCGCUGAUCAAAACAGAGAAAGAGGAUGCCGAUUCUGGUUUUAUGUGGAAAAAAUGGGACGACACAAGAGGGAAGAGGUUUGAUCUCAAUUGAAGGAAGAAAGAAAUUUACAGACACAGAAGAGGAAAGGAAAUGAAAAAGUUUGACACUAUUGUCUGAUGAUUGGCAUACCUUCCCUAAAGACUGAUGCACUUUUGAAACUUCUUCCAUUGGCUGCAGCUUUCAGUUCUGCCCAGGUUUAUGCAAAAAAAGAAAAAAAGAAAGAAAAAGGAAAAAUCAAUCAACUGUGCUGAUUCUUUCUUCAUGAAGGGUGGGAGAAGUGAUGUCCUUUUUCAGCUUGAUUAAGGGUUUUGCUUAGCUGAAGUUCAUGGUCAAACUGUUCCUUAAUGCUCAGUAAUGCAGCUCCUGUUCCAGUGACAUUGCAAAGUUGACUUUUUUGCCAUAUUUUUUUAGCUCUUUCAUAUAUCCUUUUAUUCAACUGGAAAGUGUGUGUUCCUGCACAUUCAGCUUAAAUGCUGCCAUAUGCCAUAUUUUACAGUAGAAGAAAUGAACAGAAGCCGCUGUAAGCUGAUGCAUGUAAACACUACUGAAUGCAUCUGUUUUUCUUCGGCAGUUUUAGCCUUCAGCAGCUGUUGGGUAUCUUACUUUUUACUGAUGUCAGUCUGUGGUUAGCUUCAGCUGCUAUAGUAGUUCUUGUUGCUGAAAUGUCAUUAGGCAACAGUGCAGGCGAAUUUUAUCUGCAGGUCAGAUGUCUGCGACCUUUGUGCAGUUGGACUGCAGUCCCUUGUAUUGCAUCUGAUUGUGCCAUGUUGGAUACACCAUAUUUAUCUGGUUGCUGAAGUCCUGGCCCAAGAAUGUUGCACCCAGAUCCCAUCUUGUGAUGACAGAAUUAGAAUUCCUGGUUAUGAAGAGCAGUAUUCUAAAGUGGUUCUGUGCAGCUGCAUGGAACCUUUAAGGUUAGGGAGAUAAUAAAUGGACCUUGUAAAAGUGAUGGAACCACCCGUCUGUUAAGUAUCUGUUUGGUUUUGAAAUCUCUUUGUGGUAUCCAUGGAAAAUGCCAUGUUGUUCUUGUGGUUAAGCCACUAUUUUGAAGGCAUACACCACAGCUCACUCACGGAUCAUAGUCCAUACACAUUAUAUAAAGCCUCAGAAUUGUGAUGAUGUAUUUACAGAAACUGUCCUUUACACUAUCCUUUACUUGCAUUGACAAUUAAAAUACAGUGAUAAAAUAUAUUUUAGUAAAACAUAUACAUUUUUCUAAGGAGGGAU